AUGCCGCUCUCCCACGUGGCGAAAGUGUUGCGCCUUUCCACCGAAACUAUGGAUGAAAUAGUAGAAGUGGCGUGCCGAAUUCUUUCCUCCGGCGGCGUCGUCGCCCUCCCCACCGACACCCUCUACGGUGUGACGACGGUGCUCGAGCACACCGACAAGCUGUACGCGCUGAAGAAACGGACCGCCGACAAGCCGCUGGGCAUCUUUGUGCCGUCUGCGACUGACGUUUCGCGCGUCGCCGAGUGCUCGACGGUUGAGGUGUCUCUGCUCCGGUCGUUGCUGCCUGGCCCGGUGACCCUUAUCUUCGACCGAGGCAACGCUCUUCCCGUCAAGUUCAACCCGGGCGUACACGCUGUUGGUGUUCGCGUGCCGAAUAGCCGAUUUGUGCAGGCCCUAACGCGUCGAAUCGGCGUGCCGCUCGCGCAAACCUCUGCGAAUAUAUCUGGCGGCCCGUCCCCGGUGCAAAUUUCCGAUUUUGAAGAGCUUUUCCCGGAAAUUGACCUUGUUGUCGAUGGAGGCCUGAUUGGUGAUGGGAAGGAGGCUGUCGGAAGUACGAUUGUCGAUUUGUCGCGGAAGGGCUUCUACCACAUUAUCAGAGAAGGCUGCGCACUCCUGGAAACAUCCGAACUGCUCCACCAGGCCGGCCUCAAAGAAACGGAUAUUGACGAGAUUAUGGCCCUUCGCAAUACGUCAAAAAUA